AUGAAGUCAAAACAACAGCAGCAGCCUAUCACGGCUUCUCAUACUGAGAACACUUCAGAAACCUCCAUUGCUCACCAGGAGACCCAACAGAAGGGUUGGAUCAUUGGCGGCAAAUAUCGUGAAUCAUUAUACGAAGACGAGCACAACCAAGAACUCGACAGCCAACUCCUCCAAGAGGUGGACUUUGACCUUCCUCUUACCGUUACCAAGCCCACCCAACAUGACGGACAAAACUUGAUCGUUUUGGAAUUCGCCGAGGGCGAUAAAGAGAAUCCUUUCAACUGGAACCCCAAGUAUAAGGCUUUCAUCAGUUUGCUGCUCUGUCUGAUGACAUUGUUCAUUGGUCUGGCCACAACAGCCUACAGUUCUGGUAUCACACGGAUGGUGGAUGAGUUUGGUGUCUCAAAUGAGUUGGGACAAUUGGGUCUUUUUACCUUUAACUUCACUUGUGCUCUCGCACCUCUUUUCUUGGCACCUUUCUGUGAGCUGGCUGGCCGACGGGUUGUCUAUGUCGGUGCUUAUGUCUGCUUUGCUCUCAUGUUUAUCGGCCUGUCUCUGGCCAAGAACAUUGCCACCAUUCUCGUCUGCCGUGCCUUGCUCGGUCUGUUUGGUUGUGUCGGUACUAUCCUCGUCGGUGGUACUUUCGGCGACAUGUAUACCCCCGCAGACCGUGCCAUCCCUAUGGCUUCCUUCGCCUUCAUCGCCAUCUUCGGUACCGUCGCCGCUCCCAUCUACGCCGGCUUCAUUGACCAGGCUCUUGGCUGGCGUUGGGUUGAGGGUAUUCAGGGUCUUGCCAACAUCCCUCUUGUCAUUGUCAUUGCCAUUUUCCUCCGUGAGACCCGUGGAGGUGUGACUCUCAAGAAGCGCGCGAAGAUGAUUCGACAGUCUACCGGUGACGAACGCUUCGUCACUCACAAUGACCUCGAAGCCCCCGGCAUCAAGAUGAUGCUUCACAACUCGUCCGUUAAAGCCAUCAAGAUGCUGUUUACCGAGCCCGUCGUGUUCGCCUUCGGUCUCUGGAUCAGUUUCGCUUGGUUCCUGACCUUCCUCUUCCUCUCCGUCAUUCCAAUCACCUACCAGGAGAAGAAGGGCUGGAGUGAGGGUGUCUCCGGCCUGCCUUACAUCGCUCUCUGCCUCGGUGCCACCAUGGGCUUCGGUCUGAACUUCCUCCAGAUCAGGAAGUAUAAGUCCGUCAUCAAUGACCCCAACCAGGAGUCCCGCCCCGAGGCCCGUCUCUACGGUGCUAUGUGCGGUGCCGUCUGGCUACCCGUAGGUCUGUUCAUUUACAGCUUCACACAGUACAAAGAGCUCUUCUGGUUCGGCCCCGUUGUCGGCCUUGUCCUUAUCGGCCUCGGCAUCUUCUUCAUCUUCGAGUCCUGCUAUAGUUACACUGCCGAUUGCUACGGUGACAACGCUUCCUCUGCUAUUGCCGGUCAGGGGUUCAUGCGUAACACCCUCGGUGCCGUGUCGCCCUUGUUCGCAUCCCAGUUCUUCCACAACAUGGGCAGCCAAUGGGCUGGUCUGCUUUUGGCUCUCAUUGCCACCCUUCUCACCCUUAUUCCAUUCGCCUUGUUCAAGUACGGACCUGCUCUGCGAGCUCGGUCUAGACUUGCGAGAACCGUUCUCAGUACUCAGGUCGCGUAA